AUGACGUCCCUAGACAGGAAAGAAUCGUCCGUCAAAUUCAUACCUCAAGGAGCCAUCAUCCAGGAGUUCAUCGUUGCCGGCCACAACAUCGUGCUAGGUUUUCCUACCGAAAAACCAUACACAUACUUGAACGCUCCAUUUUUCGGCGAGACCAUUGGCCGUGUUGCCAACAGAAUCAAGGAUGGUAAGAUAUCGGCUCUUAACGGCCGUGAGUACCAACUAGCACAAAACAAUGGAAAGAACUCGUUGCAUGGCGGUUCCGUCGGCUGGGGAAAGAAGAUCUUCUCUGGUCCACAACUGAGCAAUCGAAAUGGCAAGGAGACUGUUCAGUUUACCUACGUCAGUCCAGACGGCGAAGAGGGCUAUCCUGGCACAGUUAAACUUAGAGUGUGGUACUCAACCACAGAGCAAGAGGAAGACGGCGUCAGGAAGAUAGUAUUGGACAUGGAAUAUGAGGCGGAAUUAAUUGGUCAGGAAUGUGACGAAACUGCCAUUAAUAUUACGAACCACAGCUACUUCAACCUCAGUGAUGGGCCUACGAUAGAGGGCACAGAAGUGAAUCUCGCCACAACCGAAUAUAUGCUGGUCGACAAUGAAGAUUGUCCAACGGGCACUUUUGGAAAAUGGCCUGGCAUCCAGCCAGAUCGUCCUUUUGUACUAGGACCACAAGAGCCUGAUAUUGAUCAUUGCUUCAUUUCGGACUCGAAUGCACAGCAGAUUCCGGUGGAUACCAGGGAUCGACCGCUAUCAAGGUUGGUAUCUUUGUCACACCCAACCACUGGACUACACCUUGAAAUCUUCAGUACGGAGCCAGCUUUCCAGUUCUACUUGGGCAAGUACAUCAGUGUGCCGGCAUCGGAGCACGGACCUGAACGGACAGCUAGAUCUGGGUUGUGUGUCGAACCUAGUCGAUACAUUAACGCAGUGAACCACACUGACUGGCGGAAUAUGGCAAUCCUCAAGCAAGGCCAGAAAUACGGGUCAAAGACCAGGUACAUCGCCUGGAAAGCUUGA